AUGAGCAUCUACCAUGAUUUAUUAAGGUCAAACCAUCUACGGCUUGCUACCAUUCGUUUGUCAGUAACGCCUGAAGAUGCCGACCUCAAACUGCCUAGCGUAACGCUCAAAACCUACGAAUUUGAGGAGAACGCAAAGCCAGAGUACUACGCGCUGUCGUAUACUUGGGGAAAACCUAGAGAGGAUGUGCCAGAAUACACAGCAGAAAGCCGACGCCCCAUCGUUUUGAAUGGUCAAUCCGUUAACGCCUCACCUAAUCUCUACGAUGCCCUUCUUCAACUUCACCAGUACUUCCCAGACAAACCAGUGUGGAUCGACGCGCUCUACAUCAAUCAAGAUGAUAUCGAUGAGCGCCAGUGUCAAGUUUCUUCUAUGAAUAGGAUUUAUGGCCUCAAAGCUACAGAACGUUUAGCACAGGUCGCCACACGUGAAUCAAAGCGUAUCAUUAAGAAUCAGCAAUUUGACUUCUGUUACCGAAUGGAAGAUAUAAAGUCUCGAUACGGCCUGGCACCAUUGGCCAUGGAAGAGAUCGAUGGCCUUGUCUCACUUUUCCAAUACAGCUGGUUUUCUAGGGUGUGGAUUAUACAAGAAGUUUCUUUGGCCAAAGAAGCUGAGAUUUUGUGCGACGGUUUCACUAUCUCAUUCGAUAAAAUCGGCUACACAGCGGCUUUUUUACACUUGAGUGGCGUGAUAGGGGCCAUUUUCUCAAAGCUUUCAGGAGCUGGACGCAGCUCUCGUAGUACAUGGACCGAUGUGCUUUCAUUAGUCGACAUGACAGCUGGUAUUGAAGUCGAAAAUAUGCGUGGGUCGACAGGGUUGAUAUCUACGACUCUAUUGAAACUACUCAUGUGGACUACUGGCUUUCAAGCUACAGAUACAAGAGACUUUAUAUACGGUCUUUGGGGAGUUUUUCAACAUUUGGCCCAUGAACAAGACGUUACCAUUCCUCAACAUCUCAUGCCAAACUACAACAUACCAGCAUCACAGGUACUUGAAUCCAUCGCGGCUGAGAUACUUGAAGCUACUGGAGACUUGACUCUACUGGCUCUGGUCAAAGACCCAGCUCGGCGUGUGACAGCAGACCUUCCGUCUUGGUGUCCAGACUUUGGUCCGUCUACAGGCAUGAACUCGAUAUUUUCACCGGGCUUCAAAUCAGUGACUCGACCCAAUGCAAGCGGUACGGUACGACAUGGUGCUACCCGGAGAGGCAAAGCUUUCAAAGUUCACGGUAGUCUACUAGGAACGGUGAGGCUUCUUGGCGAAUCUUUCGAGAAGGUCAUAACCUCGGGUGUACACGAUUGGGUAGAAAUAUUACUCAAGACGGGUCGUACCUAUGCACAUACAGGGCAAUCGUCCAUGGAGGCCUUCUGGCGAACAUUGAUCUGGGUCCGUUUCUUACAGACAGUGGGUAUUUGGGUUCUUCUUGCGAGUCGACGCAAGCUGGAGACGAAGUGUGGAUAG